GUCAUUGGCGACAACCUUUGGAUCUGGAGAGCAGACCACGCCUUCCUAGCGGAGGGUGAAGGCACGCAGCCGGACCCGCGGAACAAGGCGCUGCCCAUGGACCGUCGCGUCCCCAAGGCCAGCGAGUACUACUUGACGGUGCUCGGUGAUUACCCGGGCAAGGUGGGACUGCAUGUGCUCGGGGAUUUCGUGACCAUGUACGGGCUGGCGGUGGAGCACUUUACUCAGGACAACACCUUGUGGGAAGGCGACGGCGGAAGAGUCUACUUCUACCAGAACGAGCUUCCGUACGACGUGAACCAGGACUACGGGGACCGGGGCUUCGCGGGCUACAAAGUGACCAGCAACGUGAAGAGCCACGACGCCCAGGGCGUGGGCGUGUACAGCUACUUCCGGGACUUCGAGGUGAUUGUGCCCAGUGGCUUUGUGGCGCCCAGUACCGACGGGGUUCGCUUCACGAACGCCUUCACCCGCUUCCUGAACGGCGAGCCAGGAAUCGAGCACGUGCUCAACGACCAGGGCAAGGCCGUCAUGGGCUUCGACUAUCCUUUGAGUCAGCUGCCGACCUCCAUUCCAGGGCCGCCCAUGUGUUCCCCCGCGCCACCUGCUCGAGGCGGCAUGCCGCUGUGGUCCUUCAUCCUGACUGGCCUGGCAUGCGCGGCCCUCGGCUGGCUGGCCUCGAUGUUUUUCUUCCGGCGCCGAUCCCGCAGCAUGUGCCGCGAAGGCGCCGUGUACCAGAGCAGCGACGACACGGACUCUGGGCCCUCCAGAAUCGAAUUGACAUCUUCCCCCAUUGCUUGAAUUAGUCAAUGCCGGGCUUGGAGGCUCGCGGAGAGC